AUGGUUGUACAUCCUGCUCUGAGGUCGUCAGUGUCACCCUACAUCACUACCUCAGCUGCUACCACUUGUAUACUGAUGACUCUGAGGUCGCCAGUGUCGUCCUACAUCACUACCUCAGCUGCUACCACUUGUAUACUGAUGACUCUGAGGUCGCCAGUGUCACCCUACAUCACUACCUCAGCUGCUACCACUUGUAUAUUGAUGACUCUGAGGUCGCCAGUGUCACCCUACAUCACUACCUCAGCUGCUACCACUUGUAUACUGAUGACUCUGAGGUCGUCAGUGUCACCCUACAUCACUACCUCAGCUGCUACCACUUGUAUACUGAUGACUCUGAGGUCGUCAGUGUCACCCUACAUCACUACCUCAGCUGCUACCACUUGUAUACUGAUGACUCUGAGGUCGUCAGUGUCACCCUACAUCACUACCUCAGCUGCUACCACUUGUAUACUGAUGACUCUGAGGUCGUCAGUAUCACCCUACAUCACUACCUCAGCUGCUACCACUUGUAUACUGAUGACUCUGAGGUCGUCAGUGUCACCCUACUACCUCAGCUGCUACUAUACUGAUGACUCUGAGUCACCCUACAUCACUACCUCAGCUGCUACCACUUGUAUACUGAUGACUCUGAGGUCGUCAGUAUCACCCUACAUCACUACCUCAGCUGCUACCACUUGUAUACUGAUGACUCUGAGGUCGUCAGUGUCACCCUACAUCACUACCUCAGCUGCUACCACUUGUAUACUGAUGACUCUGAGGUCGUCAGUGUCACCCUACAUCACUACCUCAGCUGCUACCACUUGUAUACUGAUGACUCUGAGGUCGUCAGUGUCACCCUACAUCACUACCUCAGCUGCUACCACUUGUAUACUGAUGACUCUGAGGUCGUCAGUAUCACCCUACAUCACUACCUCAGCUGCUACCACUUGUAUACUGAUGACUCUGAGGUCGUCAGUAUCACCCUACAUCACUACCUCAGCUGCUACCACUUGUAUACUGAUGACUCUGAGGUCGUCAGUAUCACCCUACAUCACUACCUCAGCUGCUACCACUUGUAUACUGAUGACUCUGAGGUCGUCAGUGUCACCCUACAUCACUACCUCAGCUGCUACCACUUGUAUACUGAUGACUCUGAGGUCGUCAGUGUCACCCUACAUCACUACCUCAGCUGCUACCACUUGUAUACUGAUGACUCUGAGGUCGUCAGUAUCACCCUACAUCACUACCUCAGCUGCUACCACUUGUAUACUGAUGACUCUGAGGUCGUCAGUAUCACCCUACAUCACUACCUCAGCUGCUACCACUUGUAUACUGAUGACUCUGAGGUCGUCAGUGUCACCCUACAUCACUACCUCAGCUGCUACCACUUGUAUACUGAUGACUCUGAGGUCGUCAGUAUCACCCUACAUCACUACCUCAGCUGCUACCACUUGUAUACUGAUGACUCUGAGGUCGUCAGUAUCACCCUACAUCACUACCUCAGCUGGUACCACUUGUAUACUGAUGACUCUGAGGUCGUCAGUGUCACCCUACAUCACUACCUCAGCUGCUACCACUUGUAUACUGAUGACUCUGAGGUCGUCAGUAUCACCCUACAUCACUACCUCAGCUGCUACCACUUGUAUACUGAUGACUCUGAGGUCGUCAGUGUCACCCUACAUCACUACCUCAGCUGCUACCACUUGUAUACUGAUGACUCUGAGGUCGUCAGUAUCACCCUACAUCACUACCUCAGCUGCUACCACUUGUAUACUGAUGACUCUGAGGUCGUCAGUAUCACCCUACAUCACUACCUCAGCUGCUACCACUUGUAUACUGAUGACUCUGAGGUCGUCAGUGUCACCCCUACAUCACUACCUCAGCUGCUACCACUUGUAUACUGAUGACUCUGAGGUCGUCAGUAUCACCCUACAUCACUACCUCAGCUGCUACCACUUGUAUACUGAUGACUCUGAGGUCGUCAGUGUCACCCCUACAUCACUACCUCAGCUGCUACCACUUGUAUACUGA